GAUUCUCAAAUUAUUCUUCCGUUCUCUGUGUUACCACAGAGACACCCAACGAGUCUGCCACCUUAAAGGAUAUUACCUUGUUAACUGAGACCGGUGUGAGAGAAGGUGACGCCAUCUCAAUAGACCAAUAG